CUUUUUCAUGUCGAGGUUACCUUGGCCUAAAAUGAUUUUGGAAUUUUUUUGAACUUAAAGCACAGUGACUUGCAGUGCGAGCUUGUUGUCAUCUAUUCACUUACAGUUUCCACAAUGCCGAGAUAUGAGCUCUCCAUGAUUUCCAGGAUAUUAAAUAAAGAUGGUUUUAGAAAUCUCUUGCAUCGAACAUGUACUUGGAUUAUGGACAAUGGAGGUGUUGUGAGGAAGAUUGAAAAUCUAGGUGAACAAGAACUUCCAUACAAGAUGAGAGCACAUGCUGAGAAUUUUACCCAUGGAAGAUACUUUCUUGUGGAUUUCUACCUCUCUCCAUCGUUGCUGAAUGAGUUCAAAAAAGAAUUGAAAGUUGAUUCAGAACUUAUUAGACCAAGGAUAACAAAAGUAGAAAACCAUUAUGGUGAAGAGGGUUUCAAGUUCAACUAUCUGACUUGCAACAAAAGUUACAGAAAGCCACCAGGAUAUAAAGACAAAUAACUUUAUUCUCACAUUUAUUUUUUAAAUUUUGUACAAAGCUACAUAAUUUAUGUAAUAUUAAGAAAGUUAUAAAAAAUGUA